AUGGCCGAAGUAGCACAGUCCGCAACGUCCUCCCCUUGGGAGAAGACAACCAAGGACAACGGCACCAACAACAACAAGGAUCAGGAAGAAUACUUCCGCGAGAUCCAGGCCGGCGAUAAGUCACGGGCCCAAAGCGACGUCGGCAGCAAAAAGGACGCCGCUGCCUCAGAGGUCGCUGACGGGGCCAAGAAGGAUCUGCCUACUGAUGAAGAUGACCAAGUGCCGGCCGAGGAGCUGACGCCUGAGGAUGCCGUCGACUCGCGUAGCAGAGUUGAUAGCAAGGUCGAUAGCAAUGUCGACGCCGAAGGCGAUGGCGACAGCGGUGUCGACAUGGACAAGCACGACCUUGAUGAGGUUGAGCCCGAGCCCAUGAGCGAGACCAGCACGGAGAGGAUCAAGAAGACCGCCGAGGACGGAAGCAGCAACAACCCGUUGGCAGCCUUGGACCAGGACAAGAGCGCGCUCGGCAAGGUCACCGGUCAGCUGGGUGAUGCCGCUGAGCCCGUAACGGAGACCGCUCAGGAUGCGACCAGCAAGGUCGGCGACAUCGCCAAGGACGCCGGAAGCAAAGUCGGCGAUGCCACUAGCAAGGUCGGUGAAGCUACAGGUCUGGCCGGGAGCCAGGCCGACGAGGCCACCAGCCAAGUGGACUCUAAGUUAGGUAACGGCGAGCAGAAGCUCGGCGAAACCACCGAGGCUGGCAAAGAGAAGAUUGGCGAGACCACGGAAGCCGCCGAGGAGAAGCUAAAUGAGGCUGGCGAGAAGGUCGACGAGACGAAAGAGGAUACUGAAGAGAAACUUGACGACGCCACCAAGGACGGCGAGCAAAAGCUCGGCGAAACUACAGAAGCUGGCCAAGAGAAGCUUGACGAGGCCGGCGAGAAGGUUGACGAGACGAAGGAGGAGGGAGAAGGGAAGCUCGACGAGACUGCCGAAGCUGGUGAGGAGAAGCUCGACGAGGCUGGCGAAAAGGUCGACGCGACGAAAGAAGAUGCUGAAGAUAAGCUUGACGACGCCACCAAGGACGGCGAGCAAAAGCUCGGCGAAACUACAGAAGCUGGCCAAGAUAAGCUUGACGAAGCCGGCGAGAAGGUUGACGAGACGAAGGAGGAGGGUGAAGAGAAGCUCGACGAGGCCGGUGAGAAGAUUGAGGAGGAGGCCGACAAGGUCGACUUCUCGAUCCUCAAGGGUGGCAAGGUCAAUAAGGGCGGCAACGUCGUCAACGGCGACGGCAAGGUCAUUGGCCGUAUCAAAGAGGGCGUUAUGGCCCACCUCGUCGGCAAGAGGGUCGACGAGGAGGGCGCCAUCUGGAACGACAGUGGCGAGAUCAUUGGUCGGGCCGAGCCGAUUCCCAAGGACGAGCUUGAGACCAUGACCAAGGAAUCCGGCCCGUUCGAGGCCUUCCCCGACGCUACCGUCAACGCCAAAGGUAUGGUCGUAUUCAACGAAGAGGAGAUCGGCAAGGUCAUCGAGGGCGACAUCAAGAAGCUCCGCGGCAUGAAGGUUGACCCCGACGGCGACAUCCUAGACCGCAGCGGGAACGUUGUCGGCAAGGCUGAGCGCUGGGAGCCCGAGCCCGAACCUGAAGCCGAACCGGAACCCGAGGUCGACCGCUCAAUCCUGGCUGGCAAGCGUGUCAACAAGGCCGGCAACGUCGUUGACAGCAGCGGUACCAUCUUCGGCCGCGUUGUUGAGGGCGACCCCAAGCGCAUGGUCGGCCGUAUGUGCGACAAGAAGGGCAACAUUCUCAGCGAGAGCGGCGACGUUAUCGGCCGCGCCGAGAUUGUGACCGAGGGCGAGCGUGAGGGCUCCAAGGAAGGUCCCUUCGCCGAGCUCGAGGGUCUCACUGUCCGCAAAGAUGGUAUGGUCGUCACCCCAGGCGGCGAUGUUGUCGGUCGCCUGACCAAGGGCGACGGCAAGACAUUGGCCGGUCGUAGCGUCGAUGAAGAUGGCGAUGUGUGCGACAAGAACGGAAACGUCCUUGGCCACGCCGAACGCUACGAGGAGCCUGAGGUCGAGAAGAAGAAGAACCCUCUUUCUGGCCGUCGUGUCAACAAGGAGGGUAACGUCGUCGACGCAGAUGGCAACCUCGUUGGCAAGCUCACCAGCGGCAACCUCAGCAUCUGCUCUGGCAAGGAGAUCGAUGACGAUGGAGACGUCGUCGACGGCAAGGGCACCACCAUUGGUCACGUUUCUCUGCUUGAGGAUAUCCCUCCGGAGCCAGUUGAGGAAAAGUCCCCUGAGGAGAAGGCCAAGGAGGAGCAGACCGAGAAGGACAAGGAGCUUGCCAAGAAGAUGAGCAUGCUUAUCGAGGGCGUUUUGGAGAAAAUCAAGCCCAUCUGCGCCAUGAUCAACAGCAAAAUCGAGAAGGCUGAGCGUACUCCCAAGGACGAGCUUGACGAGGAAGCUCUUGUCAAGGACGUAAGGCCCCUGAUUGAGGAAGGUGGCAAGAUCCUUUCCGAGGCCAACGGUGGCAUCCGUGGCCUCGACCCCGAUGGACGCAUCCAGGCCAACGCCAAGCACAAGACAGCCAGCCGUGAAGCUACUCCCGAGGAGUACCACCUGGCGGAGAACCUCAAGGAGCUGACCGGCACCGUCACCAAGUGCAUCGAGGAUGCCAAGAAGAAGCUUGAGGGCAUGCCACACGCCAAGAAGGAGCUCAACCCACUUUGGGGACUGUUGGCCGAGCCUCUCUUCCAGAUCUUGGCCGCUGUCGGUCUGUUGCUCAACGGCGUCUUGGGACUUGUUGGUCAACUGCUGAGCGGUCUUGGUCUUGGUGGUCUUGUCGAUGGUCUACUAGGUGGUCUCGGUAUCAAAAAGAUCCUCGCUGGAUUUGGUCUUGGUACGUUGACUGAUUCUUUGACUGGCCAAAACCAGAAGAAGAAGAAUGGCGGCGGCGGCGGUGGCGGCCUCCUUGGUGGCCUUCUUGGUUAA